AUGGGCAAAAAAGAGCUACCACCCUGCCAGCGUCUAAGAUACGUGGAGGGCUGGUCGGAUAAUACGCAGGCACGCUGUGAUAAUACUAAUGCCUUGCCCUGCGGAGGACAGGAUCUGCAGUGGGAAUGUCUCUCCGGUCACUCAUCCAACCUGGAGACUAUCAAGACGAGUACCUUGAGCGUUGCCAGUCAAAGUGUAGCGAGAUCGAGGGGAACCACCCAGAGUACGAAUCGGAGUGUCGGCUCAGAGCUACGUGGGUCGAUAGAGAGCCUAAGACCAGCAUUGAGCUUUACGAUCGACGAAGAAGCACAAAACCGGGCUGUUAAGCGACGGAAAGUUCUUCGAGAGAUUAUUACCACUGAAUCUGACUAUGUAUUUGGGUUGAAAGCUCUUAUCAAUGUGCUUUUCCUUUUAUCCACAAGACCGGAGAUCUACCACAACCUCCACCAAAUUCGAGAACUACACGAAGACCUUCUGGCACGGAUCCGCAAGGUGACACCAAUGUCUACCCUUGCUGCAGAAGAAUAUGACAGAUUGGUACCUCAUGGCGUACAUGGGCGCUUCAAUCCUACCGAUCUAAGCCCGAGAGCACUUCGGAAUAGAUCUAUGAGAACAUGUCAUUUCAAGAAAUCUGUAAUUUCGCGCUUUAAAGCACUUGCAGCAGAAGCGAAUGAAGCGCUGGAAGUAGCGGUUGAGAUUGGGAAACUACCAAAGUCCUUCACAGCAUAUAUGAAUUUCUGUAGUAACUACGAGCAGCUUACGGAGGAUGUGGAUAUUCUACGUCGAUCAGUGCCGAACUGGUCGGUUUUGGAGAAUGGUAUCGAAGCCUUGUCAAAGUCGGUAGCGUCGAUUGAGUACCAGGCCCUCGAGCAUAACAAAUCAAUGCUGUUGCAUGACCUCCUCAUAAAGCCGAUCCAACGCCUUUGCAAGUAUCCACUACUGCUCCAAGAGUUACUAAAGUGGACCCAUAUCCAGGAUGACCCGACUGCCCAUGACGGGAUUCACCAAGCAUUGGAGAGCGUUCGUACGAUGAUCAAUCAAAUCAACAACGCACCUGGUAAUCCGGUCAACAAAGGGAUGGUUCAGAAGACCCUAUUAUUACAAGAGAUGCUAAGGCUCCCCAGGCUGGUUGCUCUUCAUCACAUUUACAAACAAUUGGGACCCAUGACCCUUUGUGGAGUGCUCCAUGCUACAUAUCAGUCUUCGACGUGCCUUACCGGUGACUAUAUGGUCUGUGUCUUGUUCAAGAGCCACUUUUUGCUAGCCAAAAUCAACAAUGACGAUCGCAGCUUAGGGGUGGUCGCGUGUUUGUAUGUCUGCGAUGCGAAGAUCGAUACCCUGAGGAAUGGAAAGGGCCUCUGCUGCCAUGGGUGCUUUUUCUCAUGGAAAUUGGUUUUUCAAUAUCAAAAUAACAAAUAUGAGCUUGUUUUGAGCGCCUCAUCCGCUUACGAAGAAAAACAGUGGAAAACGGAGUUUCUCAAGUCGGCCGCAAUAUCGGCUGAUAUGCAAAGGCCGGUGUCCUCGGAGCUGCGAGGAUAUUCCUUCUUGACCUUGGACUUGGCCCCUCUGGAUAAAGUGUUGAGUUCCGAGCCUUCAUUCUCUCGUACGGCCUCUGUCCACUCGGUAGCAAUUUCGCGCGUGGAGUCCGACCUGCAGCAUGUAGUGAUCAAGAGAACGCACUGCCCACACAAGCAAGGACAGAUUACCCGUCAUAUAGAUGGCGAGUUCGAACGACCAAAAUUAUCGCUUCCAGAGUCACCAAUAAUACUGACAACUCGAAGACAAGACCGAAUAAGACUGGAAAGAAUUAUCUCUUCAGUGUACACGCGGGAAUGCCUCCCAUACCCUGGCAUGAGCCUAGCAAAAGGCGACAUUCUCUUUCGGCCCAGUACAAUUAUGAGGCGCUUUACUGUCCGCCCGGGGGCCUACAGACGUUCAAGUUCCGUGAACCUUCCUCGAAGCCAGUCUGUCGUUGAGAAACCUUACUCUACCAGGGAGAGUACCCAGCGGAAAUGGUCCAACGAUAGUGACAAAGUCGAAGCCUUCCGCGCCAAAUGGGGGUUUGACGAUGAGAAGCACGUCGACAGUCUUCCCAAAUCCAGCACGGGAACCAUAAAACGCAGUAAGACAUUAAGGCUAAGGCAUCACCCAAGGUCAUCUUGCGGCCUUAACCACCAGCAGACAGGCAAGGGAGACGGAAGUUGUGAGCGCGCCGAGAGUCCUUCAUUGAAAACAUCAAUCCGAAUCAUGUUUAAUUCCAUGUCAUUAAGGCGACCAAAGAGGAGCCAAGGCUUACGCAUUAGUGUUAGUGGGGGAUAA